AUGUCUUUCCGAGGCGGUUCGCGAGGUCGGGGCGGUAGCGGCUUUGGCGGUCGCGGAGGCGGCCGUGGAGGUUUCGGACAGCGAGACAUGGGUCCUCCUGCUCAGAUCCUCGAGAUGGGCAAGUUUAUGCACGCGUGCGAAGGCGAAAUGGUCUGCGAGUCCAUCAACCCCAAGGUGCCUCACUUCAACGCGCAAAUCUUUCUCGAGAACAAGACGGCCGUCGGCAAGGUCGACGAGGUCCUCGGCCCCAUCAACCAGGUCUUCUUCACCAUCAAGCCCACCGAGGGCAUCCAGGCCACCUCUUUCAAGGAGGGCGACAAGUUCUACAUCGGCUCCGAGAAGCUCCUGCCCCUCGACAAGUUCCUCCCCAAGCCCAAGCCCCCGCCUGGCGCUCCCAAGGUGAAGCGUGCUGGUGGUGGUCGUGGCGGUCCUCGUGGUGGCGGCCGUGGUGGUUUUGGUGCUCGUGGAGGUGGUCGUGGUGGCUUUGGCGGUGGCCGUGGUGGUCCUCGGGGUGGUUCUCGAGGUGGCUUCGGUGGCCGAGGAGGUGGUCGCGGUGGCAGCGGUGGUUUCUCUCGGGGUGGCAGCGGCUUCGGUGGUGGUCGAGGACGUGGUGGUUUCAGCCGAGGUGGCCGAUAA